AUGGAGAAGGUGUCCGGGCUAUUGGCAUGGCCCCAAAAGGCCGGCCCACCCAGCAAGGGGCAGAUUGUGCGACCCUCCUUGACCUUGAGUGGUGUCGAUUUUGGCCUCCAUACUAAGUCACGUCGUUUGCGUCAUGCGGCCUGUGCAGUUAUUGUGGCACCGGCAACUGACACUCCCUCUGCAGGUGAAGUUGCUGUUCAACUACGUUUUGCAUUAUUCGUCGCCAGGGUGAGAUUAAUCAUUGCAGAAGCUGGUGCGCCAAAAGAGGAGAAAUGCCAAUGA